AUGAAAACUAACCCGCUGUACAUUCUCGCUACUGUUGAAGAACCAAUUGAGAAUCGUUUGUAUACCGCUAUAGAACGUGUAUCCAAAUUUGGAAAGCUAUGUCGUAUUUUUGUCUACAUACUAAGAUUUGUCAACCGCAUCAAACCAGCCCGUUAUGAAUAUCGCUGCAAAAUAGUCAAACAGAUUGAAACCUGUGAAACGCCUGCCUCAAUUGACACCACCGCCUGUGAAGCUGAAAUAGCUAGAAAACUCAUUGUUCAUGUUGUGCAACGGGAUAAAUUUCAGAAGGAAAUAACAGAGUUGAAAGCUGGAAAAUGUCCUAAGCAUCUACUAACGUUGCAACCGUACAUUGAUGAUUACGAUUUGAUACGCUUAUCUGGUCGUCUUGAGCACGCUCCGAUUUCUAGUGAAGCUAGAAAUCCAUUAUUGCUGCCGAAAAAUGAGCAUGUAUCCUCACUCAUCAUUCGACACGUACAUCUUCAAAAUUGUCAUGCCGGUCCCCACACCACACAAGCAGCUGUUUGCCAACAGUAUUGGAUAAUCUCUGCCCGCAAUCAAGUUCGCCGCAUAAUACAUCAAUGUGUCAUUUGUAACCGCUUUUGCCGCACCAACCUACAGCAACGUAUGGCCCCGCUACCUGCUGAACGAGUCACCGCCAAUAGACCAUUCAAUUUAACUGGCUUGGACUUUGCUGGUCCUUUCUCAUGCAAAACAUUUUUAUUGAAACGCACACAAACAACAAAAGGUUAUCUGUGCAUAUUUGUAUGUUUGACCACCAAAGCUACUCAUCUAGAGUUCCUGUCCUCGAUGUCUGUCAACAACUUCAUCGCCGCUCUACACCGAUUUAUUGCCCGCAGAGGUGCGCCGCACACUCUGUUUUCAGACAACGCUAAGACUUUCACAUCCGCCGCAAGAAAAAUGUAUGAGUUAGAAAAACUCUUGAAGACGAUGCCCUCUGAAGUGAAGUGCUUUCUGUCUAACUACGGCAUAAACUGGAAGUUCAUUCCCCCUUAUGCUCCGCAUCAAGGAGGCAUAUGGGAAGCUGCCGUCAAAUCCGCCAAAACACUGCUACACCGCUGUAUUGGGGACACAGCUCUUACAUACGAAGAGUAUGACACCAUUUUCGUUAGAAUUGAAAGUAUUCUAAAUAGUUGA